CUCAUGCAUGCGCACCGGUAACAUUCGAUGUUCUCGACACGGACUUUCACAUCAUUCUGGGAAUGCCUUGGCUUGCAAGUGCGGAUCACACGGUCAACUUCCAUCGGCGGACUCUUAGCGUUCGCGACGCCUUCGGCAAGGAAGUGGCGUGUACUAUUCCUCUACCGCACCCUUCGAUCCGGUGCCAAGUGGUGACGGCCAAAUCAUUUCGGGCGACCUGCGCUCACGAGCAGCCUGAGGAGAUCGGCCUAUGUUUCCUACGGACCGUCGCGGUAGCCGACCCUUCACCCACGGGCUUGUCUUCGGACCCCCGUGUGGUGCGGUUGCUGGACGAGUUCGCCGACAUCUUCGAAUCACCUACCGGUGUGGUGCCGGAUCGGCCGAUCUCUCACGAGAUCAUUCUUGAGGCCGGUGCCGUGCCGCCGAAAGGUUGCAUCUAUCGGAUGGGUAAGGAGGAGCUUAAGGUACUCCGCGCACAACUCGACGAUUUGUUGGCCAAGGGCUGGAUCCGCCUAAGUAGCUCCCCGUAUGGAGCACCAGUUCUCUUCGUCAGGAAGAAGAACAAGGAUCUACGAUUGUGCAUCGACUACCGCAACCUCAAUGCGCAAACCGUCAAGAAUGCGGGGCCUCUUCCUCGCAUUGACGAUCUUCUUGAGCGACUGGGCGGUGCGAAGUAUUUUUCCAAGCUGGAUUUGAAAUCGGGAUAUCAUCAAAUCUCGAUCCAGCCGAACGAUCGCUACAAGACCGCGUUCAAGACACGGUACGGGAAUUUUGAGUGGGUGGUCAUGCCUUUUGGCCUCACCAACGCCCCGGCGACCUUUCAGGCGGCUAUGACCAAUGAGUUUCGUGCAAUGCUGGACUGGUUCGUGCUGGUCUACUUAGACGAUAUUCUUGUCUAUAGCCGGUCAUUGGAGAAGCAUCUGGGGCAUCUUCGACGCGUGUUGGAAGUGCUCCGCUGCGCCAAGUACAAGGUAAGCCGCGACAAGUGUGAGUUUGUCCAGCAAGAGCAGCAAGAGCAAGAGCUGGAAUACUUGGGCCAUUUUGUCACACCGGAGGGCAUUAGUCCGCUAUCGGACAAGAUUCAGGCCGUCCAGGAGUGGCCGGAGCCUCGGAACGUCACGGAUGUUCGCUCGUUCCUCGGUCUUACCGGCUACUAUCAGCGCUUCAUCAAAGGCUACUCCAAGAUCGCGGCCCACUUGAACAAGCUUCAGUGCGAGGAUCAACCGUUUGACUUUGGAGAGGAGGCGCGGGGAUCAUUCGCUCUCAAAGCCGCGCUACUGUCUGCGGAGGUCUUGCGAAUCUACGACCCGCUCGCGCCUACGCGUGUCACUAUGGAUGCGUCAGGUUAUGGCAUUGGUGCAGUCCUCGAGCAACAUGAUGGUGUGGACUGGCACCCGGUCGAGUACUUCAGCAAGAAAGUGCCCCUCGUGCAUUCCAUUGACGAUGCACGCAAGAAGGAGCUCCUCGCCUUCGUCCACUCGCUCAAGCGGUGGCGGCACUUCCUCCUUGGUCGAAGCCACUUUCGCUGGGUAACGGACAACAAUCCGUUGGUCUUCUACAAGACCCAAGACACCGUCAACAGAACCAUCGCUCGAUGGAUGGCUUUCAUCGACCAGUUCGACUUCUUUCCUGAUCACAUUCCCGGGAAGUCGAACCGUUUUGCGGAUGCUCUCUCACGGCGUCCGGAUCAUUGUACCGCGGUCUACUCGACUUUCGAGAUUGACGAUGACCUGCGGAACAGCUUCAUCCGCAGCUACCAAGCCGACCCCGAGUUUUGCGACAAGUACGCGAAUUGCUCCUCUCCUAAUCCGGCUCCUUCUCACUACCGGAUCCAAGAGGGGUACUUGCUUGUCCACACGCAGGGGAAGGACCUUCUUUGCAUACCGAGUGAUCCCCACUUGCGUACACGGCUUCUUGGCGAGUUCACGACGCUCCCGCCACCGCACAUUUUGGAGUCAAUCGCACGAUUGGCCGACUUCGCCAGUGAUUUUGGUGGCCUGGCCUUCUUGGCGACGUUACUCGCUAUUGCGAGUCAUGCGAGGUUUGCCGACGCUGCAAAUCCCGCAACCAUCGUCAGUACGGCGAGUUACGACCAUUGCUAGUCCCGUUGAGGCGAAGGGAAGAGAUUGCCAUGAACAUUACCGGCCCGUUCCCCAAGCACAAGACCAGAGUGGAUGGGAUCCUCACGGUGGUCGACCGACUCACCAAGUUCGCCAUGUUUUUGCCUUGUCGCUAUCAUGCAAAGACACCGGAGUUGGCCGAGGUUCUUUACGCCGGUUGGAUUCGAACCAAGGGUUACCCCAAAGAGAUCGUCUGCGACCGCGACACUCGGUUCAUGUCCGAUUUUUGGUUGGCGCUCAUCAAGCGAUGGGGCUCAUCUCUCAAGCCCAGUUCAGCUCGCCACCCUUAGACCGA